CUGGGAGUUUCCCAUGGGAUUGAAUUUAAAAUGGAAUUCUAAUAUAUAUUUAUCACUUCAAUAUUAUUAUCAAUCAAUAUUAUACUUAAGGUAUUCAGUUUCAAUAUCAUUACUACCAAAUCAACUGCGUUUAUUGGAAUAUGAUGUUUGCAGUCCCUACGUAAAAUGCGUUUAGCAGUGGAAGUGAAUCUUCAUAUAAAAAUAAUAAAAAAAUAAAACUUUGUAAAAAAAAAUCCUCAAGGACAAAUGCAGAUGGCAGCAGAUCGCAAAAUGCUAUCGCAACCGGUUUAUCGUUUAGUUAAUAAAUAGUUGAUCUAAAGAGAAGAAGUUUUGUUUGAGUUAAUAACUUGAAUACUAAGAAGUAAAUAGCGGUACCAGUGAUAGAUGACUAAUUGUUUCUUUUUUUAUUGGAAAUAGAUACUUAUUAUAAAAUGGUUAUAAGAUAAGAGUUAUUUUAAUACCGGAAAAUUUGUUAUUAUCAUUUCAGUUAUUUUCUAUCUUCAAAAACUAGAAGUGUUGCUGAACAUGAUUCAAAAAAUUAUUUUCUGUCUUGGUGUAUUCUUUUUCACUGUUGAUGCUCAGGAAACUUGCUAUACACCGACUAGGGAUGCUGGUGAAUGUAUCAAUUUAAAUGAUUGUGAUUCUCUGAUGCAAGUAUUCAAAGGUCCUAAGCCAAUUCCAGAAUCGUCUCUAAAGAUUUUAAGAGCUUCGCACUGUGGAUUUGAUGGUAAAACACCUAAAGUCUGCUGUAAAUCAGCUAACAUCCAGCAGAGUGAAGCUCCACAACAUUCACAAGCUUCUGCACCGGAUAGCAAUACAGAAAGAAUAACAAUUACGUCUUCUACUAAUUUACCACCAGCAUCAUCAUCAUCAACAUUCGAUCCUCCUGAUGUUUCAUCACAUCCUAACUUGCGGUUUCUAAAUCACAGUAUCUGUGGACCGAUCACACAAUCGAAAAUAGUUAAUGGUAAUAAAACUGGCGUGCUAGAUUAUCCUUGGAUGGCAUUAAUAGCAUAUAAUAUUAACGGAAGGAAAGAAUUUAGAUGUGGUGGAAGCAUAAUUAAUGAUAAAUACAUAUUGACUGCUGCACAUUGUUUAACAGAACUCCCACAGCCACUUGCUGUGGAUGGUGUGAGAGUAGGAGAGCACAAUUUAAGUACAGAACGUGAUUGUGAUCGUGAUAAGAAUGGUCUAGAGAUUGUUUGUGCUGAUGGUUAUCAGGACUUUGGUGUAGAAAGUUUUCUAUAUCAUUCAGAAUACAGUUCAAAAACUCUAAAAAACGAUAUAGGGUUAAUAAGAGUUGAUGGGAGAAUAGACUUUUCUCCAAUAAAUGUAAAACCAAUUUGUUUACCUAUCGGUUCUGCUAUAAGACUUGGAUCUAAAAAAGUAACAGUCCUAGGCUGGGGUGCAACAGACAUUGGACCUCGUAGUCAAGAUCUACUGAAAGUAACUAUACCUCGAGUCUCUAAUGAAGAGUGUGCUAGUAGCUAUCCUUCUAGAAUCUCUAUUUGGGAAAAACAAAUAUGCGCUGGAGGAAAAGAUGGGAAAGAUUCCUGCGGUGGUGAUAGCGGUGGACCCAUGCUAGCACCUGCAAUUUAUAAUAGUAAUGUUCGAUUCGUUCAAUAUGGAAUUGUGAGUUUCGGACCUCGAAAUUGUGGAACCGAAGGCAUUCCUGGAGUUUACACUAGAGUUACUCAUUAUAUGGAUUGGAUAUUAAAUUCUAUGAGAGAUUAAUGCUUAUCACAACUGUAAUAAGAAGUUAUAGUUUACGUAGUUUUAAACUGUUCUAUUUGUUUAAGAACGUCCCAAGACUGAUCAAUCAUGAUUACUAGAAACAUAAAUAAAUAGAAAAAUUACUUUAUUGCAAUAGAAAUAAUUAUAGAUUCUUAAAAUAUACGGAAUAUACUCUUUUCAUAUAAUUAUAAAUUCCUUGGGAUUAAGUAGUAAAUAUGUUUAUGAUUUAUUUACACAUACAU